AUGGGCGGCGGAGGCUCACUUUUCGCCUCUCCCGAGUGGAAGAAAGACCCUCGGGAGAUUUUCAACUCGAAACUACUCCUUUUGGGCAUCACGAUUGCGUUUGCCGGUUGCUCCUAUGGCUUCGACCAGGGUAACAUCGGAGGCAUCAUGACGUUUCCUUCCUUCCGGAAGGCGUUCGGUUUUGAUACCAUCAAUACAGAGGAAGCCGACAAGCGAGUUGCUGCUGGAGGUACUGCAGGAGCCCUGCUGGCAGCUCCUCUCUCCGACUAUCUCGGUCGUAAGAAGGCUGUGACUUCUAUGGCCGGUCUUUUCUUGAUUGGUUGCUCGAUGCAAGAGGUGCCCAACCUAGACGUCCUCUAUGCUGGCCGGUUGUUGGCCGGUGUCGCCAUCGGUGCAACUUCGAUGUUGGCCCCUCAAUACCUCGCUGAAAACUCUCCCAAGUCGAUUCGAGGCUCUCUUACCACUUCCUACAACUUGAUGAUUAUCCUUGCUCUUGCGAUUGCCUUCUGGGUCAACUAUGCCGUUAGCCUUUGGCCUAACCAAGAUCCCAACAACAACAAAGCUUGGCAGUUGGCUCUUGGUAUCCAGCUCAUCCCCGGAUUCUUCCUCUUCGUCUUGAUCUGGUUUGUCGUCGAAACACCCCGAGCUCUUAUCGCGAAAGGCAAAGAUGAGAGGGGUCUGAAGAACCUCUGCAAACUUCGAGGCUUGCCUGCAGAGCACCCUUAUGUUAGACAAGAGUACAUGGAGAUCACUGCUCAGGUCGAAGCAGAGCAAGUAACCGCCAAGGGAACGAACUACCUUGUUGUCAUGAAGGAUAUCGGAACGAACGCUAGCAACCGUCGCCGUCUCUUCCUCGCCAUCAUGUUGUUCCUCUUCCACAAGCUGACCGGUACCGACUCGCUCAACUAUUUCGCUCCUCAGAUCUUCGCCAUGAUCGGCGUCCCCAAGGGCUCCAGUUCUCUCCUCACGACCGGUGUAUAUGGAGUUGUCAAGUUAGCCACUACUAUCGUCUACGUCACCGUCAUCGUUGAUCGCGUCGGCCGACGUCUCCCUCUCAUCAUCGGUGCCACCAUCCAGGCCACGGCUAUGCUCUACAUUGGGCUUUUCAUCCGCUUCUCUGAUGUGAAGGCAGGAAGUGGCACGACCCCUGGCGGAAUUGUCGGUAUUAUCAUUGCUGAAAUCUUCCCGGCCCGUAUCCGAUCGUUCUGCAUGUCUUGCUGUCUAUUCACGAACUGGAUCGUAAACUACGGCAUUACCUCUGCUACGCCCCACAUGCUGCGGACAAUGGGUUACGGCACCUUCCUUUUCUUCGCUGUUAUGACCUACAUCGGUGCGGUAUUUGUUUUCUUCUGCUUGCCGGAGAUGAAGGGUCGCAGUAUCGAGUCCAUGGAUGAUUUGUUCCAGCAUUCUCUCUGGAGCAUGUUCAAGCGCGCCUAUCCCACCGAGGAGGAGAAAGUUCGCCACGACGUGCAAGAGAGGCUCCAUGAGAAGAUGCAAGAGGAGGAGAAGGAUGUUUCGCAUGUUGCCAUGGUCGAAGACAACAGCAGACGCGUGUGA